GGAGCUGCUGACACAAACAGUCAUUAGCAGACGACCCUUUUGUAACCAACUAUGCUUUAAAAUGUAAACUGUGGGGGCAUUUUGCUUGCAUUGUCCAGAAGGAACUUUCUCCUGCCUGAGCCUGGAUUAAUCAUGAGAGAGCUCGUCAACAUUCCACUGGUACAUAUUCUUACUUUGGUUGCCUUCAGCGGGACUGAGAAACUUCCAAAAGCUCCUGUCAUCACUACUCCUCUGGAAACAGUGGAUGCCUUAGUUGAAGAAGUGGCUACUUUCAUGUGUGCGGUGGAAUCCUAUCCCCAGCCUGAAAUUUCUUGGACCAGAAAUAAAAUUCUCAUUAAGCUCUUUGACACCCGGUACAGCAUUCGAGAGAACGGGCAGCUCCUCACCAUCCUGAGCGUAGAAGACAGUGAUGAUGGCAUCUACUGUUGCACAGCCAACAAUGGCGUGGGGGGCGCCGUGGAGAGCUGUGGGGCUCUGCAAGUGAAGAUGAAGCCAAAAAUAACUCGUCCUCCCAUAAAUGUAAAAAUAAUAGAAGGAUUAAAGGCAGUUCUACCAUGUACUACAAUGGGCAAUCCCAAACCAUCAGUGUCGUGGAUUAAGGGGGACGGUGCACUCAGGGAAAAUUCCCGCAUUGCAGUUCUUGAAUCUGGGAGUUUAAGAAUUCACAAUGUGCAAAAGGAAGAUGCAGGACAUUAUCGAUGUGUGGCAAAAAACAGCCUCGGGACGGCAUAUUCCAAAUUGGUGAAGCUGGAAGUUGAGGAAGAAAGUGAACCUGAACAAGAUACUAAAGUUUUUGCCAGAAUCCUGCGGGCUCCUGAAUCCCACAAUGUCACAUUUGGCUCCUUUGUGACUCUGCGCUGUACAGCAACAGGCAUCCCUGUCCCCACCAUCACCUGGAUUGAAAACGGAAAUGCUGUUUCUUCUGGGUCCAUUCAAGAAAGUGUGAAAGACCGAGUGAUUGACUCAAGAUUGCAGCUGUUUAUCACUAAGCCAGGACUCUUCACAUGCAUAGCUACUAAUAAGCAUGGAGAUAAAUUCAGCACUGCAAAGGCUGCAGCCACCAUCAGCAUAGCAGUACCUUUGCCUUGGUGGCUAAUGGAGGGGAAUUUCCUCUGGAGUAGCUGGAGUAAACUACAGAAAGAUAACAAAGGCUACUGCGCCCAGUACAGAGGGGAGGUGUGUAAUGCUGUCCUGGCCAAAGACGCUCUUGUUUUCUUCAACAACUCCCAUGCAGACCCUGAGGAGGCCCAAGAACUACUGGUUCAUACUGCCUGGAAUGAACUGAAAGCAGUGAGCCCAUUUUGCCGGCCAGCUGCUGAGGCUUUGCUGUGUAACUACAUCUUCCAAGGCUGCAACCCUGGGCUAGUGCCUAUUCCUACACCCAUUUGCAGAGAAUAUUGCCUGGCAGUAAAGGAGCUCUUCUGUGCAAAAGAGUGGCUGGCAAUGGAAGAAAAGACUCACAGAGGACUCUACAUAUCUGGGAUGCACCUGCUCUCUGUGCCAGAUUGCAACAAGCUCCCCAGCAUGCACUGGGAUCCCAUGGCCUGCACCAGACUGCCAUAUUUAGAUUAUAAAAAGGAAAACUUAACAACAUUCCCACCCAUGACAUCCUCAAAGCCAAGCGUGGACAUUCCAGACUUGCCUUCCUCUUCCUCUUCCUCCUUCUCUGUCUCACCUACAUACUCCAUGACUGUAAUAAUCUCCAUCAUGUCCAGCUUUGCCAUAUUUGUGCUUCUUACGGUAACUACUCUUUAUUGCUGCCGAAGACGAAAACAAUGGAAAAAUAAGAAAAGAGAAUCUGCGGCAGUAACCCUCACUACUCUUCCUUCUGAGCUCUUGCUAGACAGACUUCAUCCCAACCCCAUGUACCAGAGGAUGCCACUCCUUCUCAAUCCCAAAUUGCUCAGCCUGGAGUACCCAAGGAAUAACAUUGAAUAUGUGAGAGAUAUUGGAGAGGGAGCAUUUGGAAGGGUCUUUCAAGCAAGGGCUCCAGGCUUACUUCCAUAUGAACCUUUCACAAUGGUGGCAGUGAAGAUGCUCAAAGAAGAAGCCUCAGCAGAUAUGCAAGCAGACUUUCAGAGGGAGGCAGCCCUCAUGGCAGAGUUUGAUAACCCUAACAUUGUGAAACUCUUAGGCGUGUGUGCAGUCGGGAAACCCAUGUGCCUGCUCUUCGAAUACAUGGCCUAUGGCGACCUCAACGAGUUCCUCCGCAGCUUGGCCCCGCACAGCGGGUGCAGCCUCAGUUACGGCGACCUGUCCGGGAGGGCCCAGGCGUCCAGCCCUGCCCCGCCGCCCCUCUCCUGUGCCGAGCAGCUCUGCAUCGCCAGGCAGGUGGCCGCCGGCAUGGCUUACCUCUCCGAACGCAAGUUUGUGCACCGGGAUCUGGCCACCCGGAACUGCCUGGUGGGCGAGAACAUGGUGGUGAAAAUCGCCGACUUCGGCCUCUCCAGGAACAUCUACUCGGCGGACUACUACAAAGCCAACGAAAACGACGCCAUCCCCAUCCGCUGGAUGCCCCCCGAGUCCAUUUUCUACAACCGCUACACCACCGAGUCGGACGUGUGGGCCUACGGCGUGGUGCUGUGGGAGAUCUUCUCAUACGGCCUGCAGCCCUACUACGGCAUGGCCCACGAGGAGGUCAUCUACUACGUGCGCGACGGCCACAUCCUCGCCUGCCCCGAGGACUGCCCCCUGGAGUUGUACAACCUGAUGCGCCUCUGCUGGAGCAAGCUGCCCGCCGACAGGCCCAGCUUCGCCAGCAUUCACCGCAUCCUGCAACGGAUGUGCGAGAGGGCGGAGGGGACGCUGAGCGUCUGAGGGCGCAGGGAUGCCCAGGGAAAUGCCGCGGUCCCCUCUCUGCCUCUCAGAGGCCCCAGCCCCGGGCCCCAGACCGGGAGGAGGGCUGGCGGACGCCAGGAGCAUGCGCGGUCUGUGUCUCGGCCAGAACCGAGCCUGCGCAGAACUCACGCGGGAGCCCCACCCAUCCGAAGUCCACCAUUGCAAAGGCAGCCUAAGCUUCGUGUAUGGAAGAUGGCAGCCUCUUCGGUCCCUGAAUUAGCUGGCGGCAGAGUCAGACUGUGCUGCAUUAAAUUUUAAUACGAAAUGUGAUACAGAGCUUCAUUUUUAAUAGAGUUAAUUCCCGUCCAUUAUGAAAGUAUCUUCCUGGGAGACAUUCAGGUCAAGUACAGAACGCUAAGAAGGAAAAACUAUUCAUUGUCUCCCCACCUAAAGAUGGGUGCUGGUGUUUGUUUGUUUUUCUUAUUGAAUUUAUUUCUCGCAUUUAUGCCUAAUUUUAUAUUUGUAAUCUACAGAGUUGUGGUUAUACUUUAUUGAGAGAGGGCUUCUAAGGAAUAAAGUGACAAAUUAG